CCCUUCGCAGGCCACGCUUCGUAUGGGAACGAGGCAUGGCAAGCUUUUCCUACCAAUCAACAAGGUAGAGGUGGAGAUCCGGGAGGCGUUUCUUAGCCCCAAACCUUCCCUGAGUUUGCCGUCGGUGUGGGUCCAGCUGUCCGGCGUCCCGGACGACCUCAUGGAGGUGGACCGUUUGAUGGCUGCUAUGGUUCUGAUUGGCCGUCCUUUGGAGGUGGAUGAGUUGUCCCUGCGCAAAUUCCGAACUGAACCCAUCCGGGUGCGCUUUCAGUGCCGGUACCCGGAGCGGAUGAAAGGGACGGUGCAGCUGGUGGUGAAUGGGGAAGGAUACAACAUCUCCGUGAAGGCCGAGCUGGGCGGGAGGGGCGGUGGCACGACUGGGUCGGGGCCGGCCCCAUCGCCGCCAAGGGAUGACGAUCAGGAUGAUGAGGAUUAUGAUGACUUGUCUCCGUCUGAGGAGGAGUGGAAUGAUCUGGGGCAGAAGGACAAGGAAAAGAGGAAUCAAGCGGCCGCUGAGAAGACGCAAGAGACGACCACGGGCAAGGAGAAGGCUACGGAGGUGCGUGGUGGCGGGAUGGGUGCCGGGGGGUAUCACAGCGCCCCGCCGUUGGGUGCCACGGAGUCGCGGCUGCGCUUCCUUGACGAGUACGGGUCCAACUUGGCAGACGGGGGCGUGCUGGCCUCAUUCCGCCAGCCCCGCUCUCUCAUGAUUCCUGUGGCCUCCCCUCCUAAGGCUGCGGAGGGGUCGACUGACUCGCCGGUGUGUGACCCCGCCUUGGAGGGGGGAGAGGUCAUGGCCAUGGGGACGGGCCUUGGGAUGGCUGCGCCCAUGGAGGUCGCUCAGGGAGAGCACCUGGCUGCUGGGGAGACGGCUGUUGCCACGCCGGUGCGGCCCAUGGGAGGCGAUGGGGUGCCGCGCUCCUCGCCGCUGCCUGCGGUGAGGCUCCCGAAGGUCGGCGAGGUGGUGCCGGUGGUGGCUGCGGAGGGGGAGAUGUCCAAGACGGCGGCGACCUACUCGAGGGCGCCCAAGAAGAUGGACAAGGCGCUGUCCGUGAGGAAGAGUUCCAGGCACAGCAAGGCGGCGGUCAACCUGUCGGCGCUGGAGAAGGCCAAGAGACUGACUGCGGACACGAACCUGGACUCAGCAAUGGAGGAUGCUGGUGAAGUGGAAGGAUAGAGGCCUCGUGGAUGCGGCGAUGGACUCUCUUCGGCGGAUGCAUACGGACCUGGCGGUGUCGAUGGGCUCUUGACGUCGCCAUGCUACAUCUCCGUCAUGUACCAGGGAGCUGUUGUUGGAUGCUAUGUUUGAACCCUUUUCAUGUUGCUGUUGCAUCUUGAACUUUAGUCUAUGUUAGGUCUGGGGACCUUGUGUGAUGAUUCUGUGCUAUGUGGGAGCGAUGGCUCGUUAUGUAUCCCGACUAUGUAUGGUUGCGUGUCGCUUUAUUAAUUUAAAGCAGGGCUGAGGCCUUCAGUUUAAAAA